CUGCGAGUGAUCAGUGGCUUUUUUGAAUCUUUGCGAGCUCUCGCGAAAAAAUAAGGCAAAACAAAGCACGAUUCAUCGCGGACCGCGUUGUGAACCGUAAAUUUUAGAAAAAGUACUCCUCUCUCCGAGCUCUCCCUCUGCCCCCAAUGGCGGUGAUCUCGCUAUCAAGUAUUUUCGCCGCUUUCGGUUGCCGCUUCAUAGAUCGGCGAUUCCCUCUUGUUCGGCGCCGCUCCAACCCACCCCGCCUCGCCGUUUCAUCCCGCUUGUUCUCCUCACGAUCGUCUCCCUCCGGUACCAACGGAUUCCUCGAUGACCCACCUCCGUCCUCCUCGGGCGGCGAUGUGUUGUACACUGGAGCGCCUCCUUCGCCGCGGUCCACCGAAGGAGUGCCGGUGUUUGUCACGCUCCCUGCGAACGUCGUUGGUCAUGGGAGCCGGAUUGGGAAUCGAAAGGCGAUGGUGGCGUCGUUGAAGGCUCUCUCGCUGGCUGGUGUGGAGGGUGUCGUUGUGGAAUUAUGGUGGGGGAUCGUGGAAGGGGAGGCUCCGGGUGUCUAUGAUUGGAGAGGCUACGCGGAUUUGGUGUCAAUGGCCAGCUGCCACGGUCUUAAGGUGCGGGCUAUCAUGGCUUUCCAUCAAUGCGGAUCGGGACCUGGUGAUCCUUGCUGGAUUCCUCUUCCAAAGUGGGUGCUUGAAGAGAUGGAUAAAGAUCCAGAUUUAGCUUCUUUAGAUAGGUUUGGACGAAGGAACAAAGAGUACCUCUCAUUGGGCUGUGAUAAUCUUCCUGUUCUGAAGGGUCGAUCACCCAUUCAAGCUUAUUCAGAUUUUAUGAGGAGCUUCCGAGAUACUUUUAAGCACUAUCUUGGAAUUGUAAUAACAGAGGUCCAAGUAGGGAUGGGCCCAGCUGGUGAACUCAGGUAUCCUUCAUGUCCUUCUGAGAAGCUAAAGCGACCAAGCAGUCCUCCUGAACUGGGUGAAUUUCAAUGCUACGACAAGGUUAUGCAUGCACCACUGAAGGCGUGUGCACAGAAAAUUGGGAAGCCCGAAUGGGGUCAUGGCGGCCCUCUCGGUGCUAGUAACCUCACGCAGAAUCCAGAAGAGACUAGUUUCUUUAGGAGUAAUGGUUCUUGGAAUUCUGACUAUGGAAAAUUCUUUCUAGAAUGGUACUCAGGUCUGUUGCUUCUUCAUGGAGAGAUUUUAUUUAUGGCGACAAGUGCAAUAUUUCUCCAUACCGGUGUAAAGCUUUUUGCAAAAGUAGCAGGGAUAUUCUGCCAUUAUCUUACUUGUUCCCAUCCAUCUGAAUUAACUGCUGGCUAUUACAACACUCUAACCAGAGAUGGCUACCUUCCUGUGGCACGUUUGUUCAGUAAAUAUAAAAUAAUCUUGUGCUGCCCCUGCUUUGAGAUCCAAGAUCCUGAGGAACUUAACGGCUCUAAAAGUAGCCCAGAAAGCUUUCUGAGACAACUCGUAUAUGCUGCUAGAAUGCAUAACUUACCACUCUCAGGUGAAAUUUUUGGACCUAUAUUAGAUGAUAAAUCAGUAAACCAAGUUAUUAAGAAUUCCAAACUUCACUCUGUUGGUUCUUAUGAGCCCCCCUUGUCCUUCAACUAUGUUCGAAUGGAUCGUCAGUUAUUUGACCCCCAUAAUUGGCCUCGAUUCAGCCAGUUUGUGAGGCAGAUGUCGAAUUCCAGGACUUUCCAGGCAAAGGUGGAUUUUAGAGUGAGGGAUCAAUACCUCUUUUCUUGUUCUGCAACUGAGGAAUUCUCAAGAUCUCUUUCCUUUUAUUGAGAAGAUUAUCAGCUUCGAUGUGGCAUCGGUACAUAUGUUACUAUUCCCUUGCAUUAUCUUUCAAGAUUCUUCUGGCAUAUUUUUUUUGUUCACAAGCAUUGAUUGCAUGCAAUAUAUUGUUCAUAAGCUCUUGAAAGAUAGGUUUAUUUUUUGUUGCUGGAUUGGUCUAAUGGAGUUAUUAUUUGAGUUCUGUAGUUGUAGUGAUACAGUGUAGCUUCAAAUUGUUUAUUAAAAUUAUGUAAUUUCUGAUUA